GCAGAGAAUCAUAAUCAACCUCCCACGUCCCACAUUCACGGCUCGUCUACUUCUGUAGAGUCACACACAUGGCUUUCGAAGAUCUUGCCUGCAGGCACAAUUGAAAGCGUCGAGAACAAGUUCCACCUGGGCAACUAUGUCCUUGACCGCCAGACAGGAGAGAAAACAUGGGAGGCAAUGAGCAUCUAUGUGAGGGUCGGAAUGCAUCUUCUGUAUUAUGGAUCAGCACAGGAGAAUGCUUUGCAUUGGAAGCGGACGCUGCAAUUAUUACAGAGCCAAAGCGAGAAAAUGGGAAUGGAAUACGAUUCUCCAGAGAGUACGCAGCAUAUCAACCCUUUCAUCCAAUCUUUCCAACUUGAACCUACGCUCUUCGAAAUGGUCGAACCAGAUCCAAACGCAUACCCCACAUUCAAUGCCUUCUUCGCACGCGAGAUCAAGGAAUCUGCUCGCCCGAUCGCAGAACCGGAGAACGACCUUGUAACUUCUUCGCCUGCCGAUUGUCGUCUAACAGCAUUUCCCAGCGUUGAUUUGGCUACAAAAUACUGGAUCAAGGGAUAUGGCUUCACUCUCGAGCGUCUUCUUGGGAGUCCUGAACUUGCGGCACAGUUUAAUGGAGGCUCCCUCGUUAUUGCUCGACUUGCACCGCAAGAUUAUCACAGAUGGCAUGCACCAGUUUCGGGAACUGUUCGUGGAAUUAAGGACAUACCAGGAGCCUACUACACAGUCAAUCCUCAAGCUAUCAACGAACCAGGAACAUUGGACGUGUUUUGCGAGAACAAGCGCUCGGUCAUGACUCUCGAGCGAUCUGCGACUGGUUCACCUAUUGCGAUUGUGGCUGUAGGAGCGAUGCUGGUUGGUAGCAUCAAGUACGUGGGAGGAGUUGAUACCUUAGGAACCCAAGUAAGAAGAGGCCAAUGUUUGGGUGCUUUCUACUAUGGAGGAAGCACAGUCAUUGUUGUCUAUCCUCCAGGAGAGGUGGCGCUGGAUGAAGACUUGGUAAAGAACUCUACUGGGCAUAACAUGGAGACAUACAUGAAGGUUGGA